AUGAGUACUACACGAAAUCUUCACGCAGCAUCCACAUUAGCAAAUGGAUCAAUAUUAGCUGCUGGUGGAAUUGACGUUGGUAGUACUACACUCACUAGUUCAGAAUUGUACAAUCCAUCAACAGGCAAUUGGACAACGACAGGAAGCAUGAAUGCCGCACGAUAUGCUCACAUAGCAUUCACAUUAGCAAAUGGAAAAGUAUUAGUUGCUGGUGGAUAUUAUGGCGGUGGUGGUACUAGUCUUAAUAGUGCUGAAUUGUACAAUCCAUCAACAGGUACUUGGACAAACACAGGAAGCAUGAAUACCGCACGAUUUCUUCACGCAGCAUCCAUAUUAACAAACGGGUCAGUAUUAGUUGCUGGUGGAUUCACCGGUACUAGUUAUCUCAAUGGUGCUGAAUUGUACAAUCCAUCGACAAACGCUUGGACAACUGCAGGAAUCAUGAGUACCUUCAGAUAUUAUCACACAGCAUCCACUUUAGCAAAUGGAUCCGUAUUAGUUACUGGUGGAGCUAGCGGCAGUGGUUAUCUCAAUAGUGCUGAAUUGUACAAUCCAUCAACAAACGCUUGGACAACUACAGGCAACAUGAAUGCUGCACGACAACAUCACACAGCAACCACAUUAGCAAAUGGAUUAGUAUUAGUUACUGGUGGAAACAGUGAUAGUAAUUGUAUUAAUAGUACUGAAUUGUACAAUCCAUCAACAGGCACUUGGACAACCGCAGGGAACAUGAGUGCCGCACGAUGUUAUCACACAGCAUCCAAAUUAGCAAAUGGAUUGGUAUUAGUUACUGGUGGAUACAGCGGUACUAGUUAUGUCAACAAUGCUGAAUUGUACAAUCCAUCAACAGGCACUUGGACAACCACAGGGAACAUGAGUGUCGCACGAAUGAAUCACAGAGCAUCCACAUUAACAAAUGGAAAAGUAUUAGUUACUGGUGGAACUGAUAACGGUGGUAUUUGUCUCAGUAGCGCUGAGAUUUAUCAAUCGAUAUAG